AUGGCGACUGGCCGAAUCAAUGUAGCUCCAAUGGCGCCAUUUGAUCCUAUGUCCGAUCCAAACUCUCUCAGUCAGCGCUGGAAAACGUGGAAACGACGAUUUGAAACAUAUCUUGUUGCUCUGAAUGUGACUGAAAAGAAACAAAAGCGAGCUCUCUUGUUGUACCAAGCUGGCCAAGAGACUCAGGAUAUUUUUGAUACCCUUGUUGACAUCGGCGAAGACAACGAUUAUGAUUCCGCUAUCGCUGCCCUCGAUACGUAUUUUUCACCUAAAAAACAUGUCGAUUUUGAAGUUUCGUGAAGCCAAACAACCACAUGAAACAAUCGAUCAGUUUUCAACUCGUCUUAGGAAGCUGGCGGCAACCUGUGACUUCGAAAAUAUCGACAAGGAAGUAAAAUCGGCCAUAAUUCAAAACUGUUUAUCGAAACGUCUACGACGCUACGCCCUGCUUGACUCGGAAGUUACGCUAGCCAAGAUUCUCGCAAAAGGCAGAGCUUUUGAACUCAGCGAAUCGCAGGCAACCGGCAUUGAAAACGCACUUGACUCAACACACAUUUCUGACGAAGUAGUUGAAGCUGUCCAUCCUACAACGAAACAUAACAACCAUCGUGAUAAACAACAUACAUCGUUUCACCGCCAAGACUUUUACACCUCAUCAGAGUGUCGGAAUUGUGGGGGGCCCUGGCCCCAUAACAACAAUAUUUGUCCCGCGAAAGGAAAAUCUUGUCUGAACUGUGGAAAAUCAAACCAUUUUGCGAAAGUCUGUCGUAGUGCUCGCAAGGCUCGCGUCGGUCAACAAGAGAAUCGAAGGCCUUCAAAAAAAUACCACGAAAACAAAGUUCACAAGAUUUAUGGCAAACCCUCCAGCAGUGAAAGCAGUAGCGAGGAUGAAUUCAUUUUUACUCUCAAACCGACAUGUAGAGACAAAACAACUCCACAAGUUCAAAUCUCGGUCAACACCACCCCUAUCAACAUGGUUAUCGACACUGGUACUUCCAUCGACAUCAUCGAUGAACUUGCUUUCAACACCUUGCAAAAACAGAGACCCAUAGCCCUUCAACGUUGCAAAACACGUAUUUUUGCAUAUGGAGCUACAAACCAGCUACCUGUUAUGGGACAAUUUUGUGCAACUCUAGAAUGUUUGACUGGUGCAACAACCACGCAAGUUCAUGUUAUCAAAGGAAAUUUUGGUUGUUUGCUAAGCUGUCAAACGGCAUCUGCUUUGGGUCUAAUCAUGCUGAAUGUUAACAAUGUGAAACCGGAACAUGCCACCCAUGAACAAUUGAUGAAAGAGUAUGCCCAUCUGUUCAACGGAAUUGGCACUCUUAAAAAUUUUGAAGUUAAAUUGCACAUUGAUGAUACUGUCCCUCCAGUAGCACAAACCCCCCGUCGUAUUCCUUUCCACAUGCGGCAAAAGGUCUCAGAUGCGCUCGACAAGUUAGAAAGUGAUGGAAUUAUUGAAAAAGUAUCAGAUGCCACUCCUUGGGUCAGUCCAUUAGUUGUUAUCCCAAAGAAAGAUGGUGAGAUCAGGCUAUGUAUUGAUAUGCGCAUGGCUAAUCAGGCAAUUCAACGCGAAAGACAUCCGACCCCAACUGUGGAUGAUUUAAUUCACAAAUUAAACGGCGCCACCAUAUUUACAAAGCUUGAUCUUCGCUCGGGAUACCACCAGUUAUCUCUCGCUGAGGAAAGUCGACACAUAACCACAUUUGUAACGCACAAAGGACUCUACCGCUAUAAGAAGUUGAAUUUUGGCACCAAUUCGGCAAGUGAAAUCUUCCAACAUGUAAUUAGCGAACAAAUCCGUGACAUUCAGAAUGCCAUCAACAUUAGUGAUGACAUAAUUAUCUUUGGCAUAACACAAGCUGAGCAUGACAAAGCUCUUCAUGAAAUUUUUGAGCGGUUUUCACUCAUUGGAUUAACCUUCAACAAAGACAAAUGUGAGUUCAGUCAAUCGCAGCUCAUGUUUUUUGGUUUUGUCUUCUCAGGUGAUGGUAUUUCACCGGAUCCAGCGAAGGUUUCAGCAAUUCACAACUGCCCACCUCCAAAUUCAAUUAAAGCUGUUCGGAGUUUCCUUGGGAUGGUGACAUAUUGUGCGAAAUUUAUCCCUAAUUUCAGUGAUCUCACAGAGCCUUUGCGAGAAUUAACGAGAAAAAAUGUGCCUUUUUGCUGGACAUCUAGGCAUGCUAAAUCCUUCAACGCAGUAAAAGCUGCCCUCACAAGUACAACAGUGAUGGCAUAUUUUGAUCAAACCAAGGAAACAGAACUUAUUACUGAUGCAUCACCUUUUGAUCUCUCAGCUAUUCUGACACAGAAAGUCCCAGGAUCAGACCAACGAAAUGUUGUUGCAUAUAUCAGUCGUUCGCUGUCGGAUGUUGAGAGACGAUACUGUCAAACAGAGCGAGAAGCUCUUGCAAUUGUGUGGGCAAUUGAACGUUUACAUAUCUAUCUAUACGGAGGACAUUUUACUCUGAUAACUGAUUGCAAACCAGUCGAGUUGAUUUUAAAUAAUCCACAAUCAAGACCUCCAGCCAGAAUUGAGAGAUGGAAUUUACGCUUGCAAGAUUAUGACUUUAAUGUAAGGUAUACAAAGGGACUUGACAAUCCAUCAGAUUUCCUAUCUCGACAUUUACCUGUUAACAACACCACUGAUGACAGACAGUUCCAAACAAUGGCUGACAAUUAUGUUUGUUUCCUUACCCAACAUGCUGUGCCAAGAGCAAUGACUCUGCCUGAAAUACAACAAGCCACCGUGGCUGAUUCAACAUUACAGAUCCUAAGCAACCUCAUAACAACAG